AAUCUUAUCAAAUGACAAAUAAUUACGCGAACAGAAAAUCAUUCCAAAUCAAGAAUUUAAAAGCUCCAGCAAAUCACUGAUAAGAAACCGCGAACCAAAAUGGUUGUUGUACAUUAUCUCCAAGGAUAUGAUCAAUACGUCAAGUUCUUUCAAGAAUUCAAUUCCCACGAACAAAAGGCUUAUGUUUAUUUCACCGGAAACAAAGAUUCCUCUGGUCAGAGUUGGUGUCCCGACUGUAAUAAUGCUUGGCCAGUGGUCAUGGGAGUAUUAGACGCCCUUCCGGAUAACCACCCCUUGGUUAUUGUAGAGGUUGGGGAGAGAGAGGAGUGGAAGAAUCCCCAAAAUCCUUUCAGGAAGGAUAAGGUCAGGCUUAGGGUUAUUCCAACUAUAGCAAUCUGGAAUGAGGUCAAUAAGUUGGAGGGAGUCAUGUGUGAGAAACAGGAAUUGGUCUCUAUGUUGUUGGAAGAAUUUGAGGACUAAAUUUGUUCAUUAUUUUCUAUAAAGCUCACUUGAGCAUUUUUCCAUACAAAGCAUUGUAACUAUUAUGACAAGUAUUAUUAUUAGUUUCACCCAUUGUAUUACUACCAUUUAAAAAUAAAUAAAUAAGUAACUUGAA